CCAGCUUCCGGGGUUUGGCAGCAGACCGCUGGCUGACUGAUUGAACACUGAACCUUUCUGUGGCAACACAUUUUUUUGGAAGUGAUGAGUGAAGAUUCUAACCCUGCAGCCACACCCACCCCCUGUCAGGACAUACAGGGAGAUGGUCGAUGGAUGUCAUUGCACAAUCGAUUUGUGUCAGACAGUAAAGGAAAAGAGCCUGAUGUUCUGUUUGUUGGAGAUUCACUUGUCCAGCUUCUGCAUGAGUUUGAGGUUUGGCGAAAGCUGUUUUCUCCUCUCCAUGCUCUGAAUUUUGGGGUUGGUGGGGAUGCUACACAGCAUGUAUUGUGGAGACUCAUGAAUGGAGAACUGGACCACAUCAGCCCAAAGGUGGUGGUGUUGUGGGUAGGCACUAAUAAUCAUGGUCACACCCCAGGACAGAUCUGUGGAGGCAUCAUGGCCAUCAUCAAUGUGGUCCAUCAGAAACUGCCCCGCGCUCACACACUUGUAUUGGGGUUGCUGCCGAGAGGCAAAAGUCCAAAUCCUCUUCGUGAGCGUAAUGCGAGUGUGAAUGCUGUAGUUCAGGCUGAGGUAGUGUCUCUGUCUCAUGUCUCCUUUCUGGACAUGGACCCUGGGUUCAUUCACUCAGACGGUUCCAUCGCACAUCAGGACAUGUAUGAUUAUCUGCACCUCACGCCGCAGGCCUACCAGAGGGUGUGCCAGCCCUUACAUGAACGCAUCAAAUCCCUGUUAGAUAAACAUGCUCCCUGAACACAAAACAAAAUACAGCAUAAACACCCUUUCAUGUGCAUUAACGGAUCCUUUAUGCUCUACAAAUAGAGCGUUACUGAGAUAUAAACACCCUCAGGAAAACUCAUGACUGUUUAAUAUACAUAAACGCAUAUACUGUAUAUCACAUGCUUUCCAUCAAUAUACGUUAUUGCUUCCUUGUUACUACAAAAAUAGAUUUUAUUGUUCAUUGAGAACCAACUUAAAGGGAUAGUUCAUCCAAAAAUAAAAAUCUGUGAUGUCAUUCUUCAUGUAGUUCCAAUCACUGUAUGAGUCAACUAUUUUUGUCCCCAAAUGCAUUUUCUUCUGUGCUCCACAAAAUAAGUAGUCAUACAGGUUUAGAAUGACAUGAGGGUAAGUAAAAACAGAAUUUUAUUUUUUGGGUGAACUAUCCCUUCAAAUUCUGUCAAAAUCGAUCUCUUUAUGCAAAAUGAUAGUACAUUCCAAAGCGUGUGCAUAUAUUUACAAGACGCAAAAACUCGUAUGAUGUUAUUCUCUCGAUGACCUCUGAUGACUAAUGGUUGUUGAAGUGUACAUGUGCUGCUAUCGUGGUUUGAUUGCCGAAGAAUUUCUUGUGAUCCUUGUGUACGAAACAGCAGCUUUUCCGAAAGAAUGCAGUAUAGCCCUUCAGAUGUUGACAGCCGCUCGUUUACUUGUUGAAAGGAACAAUAUGGGUUAAUUUGGUUUCGUUCUCCAUUACUGAUUGUCCACAGUACAUGCCCAUAGGCUCUUUUCUGAGAAAAGGGUAGGUGCUUCACACAAAGUUAUGUACCUUUAAAAUGAUCCCCUCAGAUGUAUUGUUUAGAUACUUUGUGAUAAACAAUGAGUUAGUGUUUCAAUUAUUUUGUACAGUAUUUUUUGUUAUUUUUGUAAUUUUCUCCCAUGUAUUUGCCUACUUUGUAUUUGUAUUGUUCAUUUAGUGUUUUGUUUCAGUGUGUGAUAAGCUGUCGAAUCGCAAGACAGCAGGUGAAUUAUGUGAACUUUAUGCACCGGGGUAUCUGAAAGAUUUAUACUGUGGAUGGAAUUCUAAAAUCGCAUAACUAAAGACAAGGAAUUGGUUAAAUUCUCUUUUAAGUUGAGAAUUUAAAUCAUAAGGAGCCAAUCACUGGUUUUAUUUUUAUUGUAUUAGUUAUAUUGUAUUGUUGUAUUACAACCAACAAACUAUCACUUUCAAAUGGUGAAGAAUAUGGCUAAAUGUUGUGGUGUGUGAUUCUUCUGCUGCUUUGUCCUGGUGUUUGUGUUCGUACUGCUUUGUCUGAAGGGUUUUUGUGAACGUUGUCAUCUUUCAGUAGUCUUAUGCGAUUCCAGGAAUUGUAUCUCAUGACUUGUUGAGAUUAUAUUCUGAGGGGUUAGAUGUCAUGCCUGGUGCUGCAAUAAACAAUUAUGGAAA